AUGGAAACUAAAAGGACUCAUUUUAAUGGCAUUUUAAAAGGAAAGGAGGAGGAAAUUGGCGAAAAACUGACCACACAGAAAUGGAUGUUAAUUUUUAUGAAAUUUUUAAAUGAAGUUUAUAAACCUUCUGUUAUCUGGAUACGAGAAUCGCUUGAGAAGCUCUGCAUCGAAGGAAGGUUACGUGGUUCACGUAUUCGUUCAGUUGUUUGGAGAGUUUUACUGAGGAGCCUGCCUUUUGAUCGACAAGAAUGGAACGCAAUCCUCGCUCGAAAUCGUACACGUUAUGAGAUGCUAAAGAAAGAGGUUCCCUAUAUAAGUUCAACCGGCUCUCGACUGUUCAUUGUGCCAUUUAUUAAUUAUAUUUUUUUGCAGACGGUUAUAGACCCGCAUAACAUAGAGUCUUCAUCGUUAGGUAUUGAACUAAGUAAUCCUCUUUCUCAGGAAAAAGAAAGCCCGUGGCAACAGUACUUUGAGGACUGUGAGUUACGCGAUUGCAUUGGGAAGGAUGUCAGACGAACGCCAAUGUUGCAGGGAAUGCACGAAAUAUUGGCUUCUUUGUUGUUUGUGGUUUAUCUCGAUUUGCAGUCAUUUGGGCAUCUUGUUGAACAAAAUGGUCUAAGUGAAUUAUUGCCUGAGGAUGUCACCUGUCUUCAUUCUCUUUUCAAUCCAAGUUAUUUGGAAAACGAUGCAUUCGAUCUAUUUUCCCAGUUGAUGAUGCUACUAGAGGGUUGGUAUUUACCGGCAGAAGAAUCUACUUCAAAACUAACACUGGCGCCAGCAUCAAUUGAUGGGGUUGUUGAGUCGUUUUGUAGAGUAGGUGAUGUUGUUCCCAAUAGCGAACUUUUACGCAAGCUUCGGUAUAUAGGAGAAAAAAUUCUUGCUCAUGUCGAUCCGACUUUGUACGCUCAUCUCAACAAAUUAGAGAUUCAUCCUCAAUUGUAUGGCAUUCGUUGGUUACGACUUCUUUUUUCUCGAGAAUUUACCAUACAUGACGUAUUGUACGUUUGGGAUGCUAUUUUCUCAUGCCGACCCUUGUUAUCACUUGUGGAUUAUUUGUUUGUUGCAUUUUUGGAGCAGAUAAGACAUUUACUUAUUGGGAACGAUUAUACAACUUGCUUGCAAUAUUUAAUGCGAUACCCUCCUGUCGUAGAUGUUCACGCUUUUAUUCAGCUUGCCUUGCACAUAAAAUCACCAAAAAAGUAUAUUAAACCUAAACAACCUGAGGUAGCAAACUAUACUGAUAUUACUAUUGCUGGGGCAGUACAUCCGAAUAGAGAUCGGCCUGAAAUGGUUGGUCGUACAAGUUCAGUAAAUCGUUUGUUUCGACCUAUAGAUGGUAGAGGGCCCGGCACGUCACAGUUCAAGAAGAUUCACAAUUCCGUAUCAAAACUUGUUGAUAAUGUGGUCGAGCGAGGAAGUAGUAAUGUUCUGCCUUCUAGUGUACCAUCUGAACCGUUAAGACUUUCGUCAAACGAGGUUAAUCUUUUGAAAGAGCAAGUUGCGAGUUUGCAAUCUCGGUUGAAUGCAGUUAAUUUGGUUGCAAAAGUUGCUGCUGAACGUAUUGAAGGUUGUAUAGGUGACCUCUCGACUGCACAAAUGAACCCACUUGUGCAGGAACGUUUGUCUGCCGAACUCCGCAAUAUAAGGGACCAUUUAACUCGCUCAGCUGUGUCUGAAGAGUGGGUGCGUAGCGUUGGUAUUUUGGAUGCGAGCGUCGAACAAAGUGGUGUGGAGCUAGCUCACGAAGCUGGCAAUACUCGCAGCCCUGCUGUUCGACGACCAACAAGAAAUACUCGGAGUUCUUUUUAUGGAGACCGAGAACUUGUGGAUAUGAAACAUUGUUCAAGACGUCAGUCAGUUCUUCGAUAG